CACAUGCAUAUUCAAUGUCGAAGGAUUCGUUGCAAAUUCUGUAAAUUUACGGAAGCAGCUGCAAAAUUGGCAGUAAAUUUUAGAAAUGCUAGUUUAAAGUAUUGUAGAGAGAGAGAGGGAGAGAGAGAGAGAGGAGAGAAUUCGCUCACGAUAUUUGUGCUAGCUACGGAGAUGUGCAUACACUCCCCAAUUCACAAAAUUGCCGAUUUAAAGUUUCCAAGGCACUAAGAAGCUCAAGUUGAGCCAUUUCCGAUUGUGAAUUAACAGCUUUGUGGCGGAUGGGGGUUCCUGCGUUUUACCGGUGGCUGGCGGAUCGGUACCCUCUGUGUAUUGUGGAUGUGGUGGAGGAGGAACCAGGUCAGGAUGAAGGGCCUGUUGAUAUAUCAAGGCCAAACCCUAAUGGCAUUGAGUUCGAUAAUUUGUAUUUGGAUAUGAAUGGUAUAAUUCACCCUUGUUUCCACCCCGAAGGCAAGCCUGCACCUGCCACUUAUGCAGAUGUAUUUAAAUCUAUCUUUGAUUACAUUGACCAUGUUGUAUCAUUGGUUCGUCCAAGAAGGCUCCUUUAUUUGGCAAUUGAUGGUGUGGCUCCCAGGGCUAAAAUGAACCAGCAAAGGUCUCGUCGUUUCAGGGCUGCUAAGGAUGCUGCUGCAGCUGAAGCUGAAAAAGACAAGUUGAGGAAAGAGUUUGAACUUGAGGGGGAAAAACUAUUGCCAAAAGGAAAGACUGAAACAUCUGAUUCAAAUGUUAUCACCCCUGGCACUCCAUUUAUGGCAGUGCUCUCUGUAGCACUUCAAUACUAUGUGCAGUCAAGGUUGAACCGAAUUCCUGGAUGGCACUUUCUCAAGGUUAUUCUUUCUGACGCUAAUGUUCCUGGCGAGGGUGAGCACAAAAUUAUGUCUUAUAUUCGUUUACAACGCAACAUUCCUGGUUUUGAUCCAAACACUAGGCACUGUCUCUAUGGACUGGAUGCUGACCUGAUCAUGCUCUCACUAGCUACUCAUGAAGUCCACUUUUCAAUACUGAGGGAGGUGAUUACUUUUCCUGGGAACCAGGAAAAAUGCUUUCUCUGCGGCCAAGCAGGCCAUCUGGCAGCUGAAUGUCGUGGGGGAGCCAAUGGUGAUGGCACAAAGUAUGCAGACGACACUCCCAUUCACAAGAAGAAGUAUCAGUUUCUCAACAUCUGGGUUUUGCGAGAAUACUUGGGAUAUGAGCUGAAUAUUCCAAAUCCUCCAUUUGAAAUUGAUUUCGAGAGACUGGUGGAUGAUUUUGUGUUCUUAUGCUUUUUUGUCGGCAAUGACUUUCUUCCUCAUAUGCCCACAUUGGAAAUUAGAGAGGGUGCCAUAAAUUUGCUCAUGUUCGUAUAUAGAAGGGAAUUUGCUGCAAUGGGUGGUUAUCUUACAGAUGCUGGUGAGGUUUUCUUGGACCGGGUUGAAACUUUUGUUCAGGCAGUUGCGGUGCAUGAAGAUCAAAUUUUUAAAAAAAGAACCCGUAUACAGCAGGCAUAUGAGAAUAAUGAAGAGAUGAAGCAAAGAGCAAGGGGGCAGGCUAGUCAAAAUCCUAAUGCUUCAGCAGGGGACAAGGUGAAAUUGGGGGAACCUGGAUAUAAAGAAAGGUAUUAUUCUGAGAAAUUUGGUACAUCUGAUCCGCAGAAGAUUGAUGAAAUACGAUCAGAUGUGGUUUUGAAGUUUGUGGAAGGGCUGUGUUGGGUUUGCCGCUAUUAUUACCAAGGUGUCUGCUCAUGGCAGUGGUACUAUCCAUAUCAUUAUGCUCCAUUUGCAUCUGACCUUAAAGGCUUAGCUGAUUUAGAGAUAACCUUCUUCCCAGGGGAGCCUUUUAAACCCUUUGAUCAAUUAUUGGGAACACUGCCAGCUGCGAGUUCUACUGCUCUCCCUGAAAGAUACAGAAGGUUGAUGUCUGAUCCUGCAUCACCUAUUGUUGAUUUCUAUCCAAAUGAUUUUGAAAUCGACAUGAAUGGAAAACGCUUCGCAUGGCAGGGUGUUGCCAAAUUACCAUUCAUUGAUGAGAAGAAAUUGCUUUCUGAGACCAAGAAACUUGAGGAAACUUUAACGGAGGAAGAGCAAUUUCGAAAUUGUGUCAUGUUCGAUUUGUUAUAUGUUCAUCCUCGUCACCCUUUGGCUGCUCAAAUAACCAUCUACUAUCGUCUUUCUGGCAUUGAAAAAUCCCCAUGGCCUGUUGAUGCAGUUGCGAGUGCUGGAAUGAAUGGAUUUUUGUGGUUAACUAAAAGGAAUGACUUGAAAAGGGUUAUCCCUUCUCCAGUCUACGGUUUGGAAGACAUCACAAACAAUCAAGCCGUAAAUGUGACAUAUCUGAAUCCAGCACCGCAUGCCCACACUCCAAAACCUCCUGCUGGUGUAAAUAUGCCUGUACAGACAGUUAAAUCGUUUGACAUAAAACCUGCCCCAACAUUAUGGCAUGAAGACAAUGGGGGAAGGAACCAGCUAGGCAAAGAAAGACCACAGGUUUCUAGGGCGAUAUCUGGUCCUAUUUUGGGAGAAGCUGCUCAUCGUCUGGUUCACAAUACGUUGAACAUAAAGUCGGAUCGCACAAAUUCUUUCAAUUUCCAUGGGAAUCAUGUUGCCAACAGGAUGAGGCCAGCUGGACCACCUGGGUAUGAAAUGGGAGUCUCAGAGAUCCAAAAUUAUCCGAACCGCCAUGCAUCUUAUAGGCCAAGAGCAGCCGUGCCAUCUGGGUAUGGGAAGUGCUCUGAUGGGAAGUGCUCGAUACAGUGGGGCCCCAAAUAAUUUGCAAAACAAUAGGCCGAUUUACAACAUGCAAGACAGAUAUUCAUAUCACGAACAGCAUCAUGACCUUAGAGGCGGCAUGUCUGCAUUAACUAUAGAAGGUGGUUCUUCCAAAGGCAGGUCACUUGCAGGAUCUUCUUCAAGAUCGUCAAAUUCUUUUCAGAUGCCACAUACCGCUGCUCAACUCUCACAGCAGACAGGUCCACUUCCAUCACCACUUCCUAAGUGGAUAAGCAAACGUCCAGAUGGGGCUACAGACAUGUAUUAUACGCAACAGACUUCAGUAGCAGCAGGGCAAGGCGGACACCAUUAUCAGGUGAAAAAUAAGACUGGCGCAGAACGUCGCUGAUUCACCAGCAAUGAUCUCCAAGAAAGAAUGUUGUAAACUGAAUAUGGUAUAUGCCGAUGCGAUCUAGUUAGUCUCUGAUAGUAAUGCACCUGAAUUCAAUUGGAGAGGUGCACAAAUGUUGUUUCUUUUAUUUUGAAUUAUAGCGAUCGAUUAAAGAGUAGACCACAGGUUUAGUGUAGCAUUCUAUGUCGUGGGAAGGAUAUUUUAGUUUCCCUUUCCUAUCUGUCUAAUCCCUGUUUAUAGCCUAACAAACUACUCCUUUUGCAGCAGUUAUAAAACAAUGUUCUUAGAUACUA